UCGGUCGACCUUUGAGCGUCUACAGAGAACAGGGCAUGCGCAGAAGACCUUUGCCAGGUCCGACUGUCGCACGCAGAGGAUAGGAGAGGCGGUAGUUGCCUUAUGAGACGCUUUAAUCAAGAGCAUGAGGGAUCAUAGUCUUGUGCCUCUCUAGGAAGUAAUCAUAUCUCACCGAGUCUGUGGGGGGGCCUGGCGAGCGCGGGAAGUUUUGGCGGGAGUGACUUGCAGUUUCUCUGCCUCAGAAGCCCUGAGGGGGCGGAGCCCCGCCCCCUUCUCCCUCCCCUGAAACCGGGAAAGGGGCGGGAAGGAUCGGCGGAGGAGGGUCCGCUGUGACCGAAGGCGGCCUCGGAGGGAGUUUUCCCCCGUUUGGGCUGAGCUGAAGCCGGAGACAGAAUGCAGGCUUGGGGGUCUCCCCUUCAGGCGGGGAGCGGCCUCCCCGAGGGUCCCCGCAGCUCCGAGGCUGAGCGCUGGCGUUUCCGCAGCUGCGCCUCCCGGGAGGCCGAGGGGCCCCGGGCGCUUUGCAGUCGCCUGCACCGGCUGUGCCGGGGGUGGCUGCGGCCCGAGCGGAGCAGCAAAGCCGAGAUGCUGGACCUAGUGGUGCUGGAGCAGCUGCUGGCCCUGCUGCCCCCGGAGCUGUCGGGCUGGCUGAGGGAGUGCGGGGCGGAGAGCUGCGCCCAGGCGGUGGCCCUGGCCGAAGGCUGCCUCCUCGGCCCCUCAGGCUUCCCGGAGCCUGGAAAGGGGCAGCAGUUGCAGGAGCCAUAUAUGGGGGAAAUCUCAGCAGAGCACCAGGGACGAGAUCAAUCAAGUAAUUCAGGAGAGCUUUUUUCCAGGAGGAUCCAACUGGGGACAUCUUGCCAGAGCAGUGUUCCCUUUGAAGAGGUGGCUGUGGAAUUCACAGAGGAGGAAUGGGCACUGCUGAAUUCUGGCCAGAAAGCCUUGUGCAGGGAAGUCAUGCUGGAUGUUUCUGCAAAUAUAGCUUCACUAACAGGUGAUUGUGAUUGGAAUGGGCUAGAGAAUAAGAAGGACAAGCAGCAGAGGUUAUUGAAACGGCAAAGAGGAGUAUCUGCAGAGAGCCAUUCCUUCUCUUUUACUAUACCUAAUAUAUUGAAUAGGGAACAUAAACCUCAAAGGACUGUAAAACAUGACAGCCUAAGCAAAAAGAUGAAACUAUGCAUGAACUGUGGAAAGAGCUUCAGUAGCAAGAGUAAACUUCAUUGCCAUCAGGGGAGCCACAUAGAUGAGAAGCUAUGUAAAGGUCCAGAACAUGAAAAAAGUUUUUGUCAGAAAACACAGAUGAUUUGUCCUAAAAGGAUCCACACAGGGCACAGACCAUAUAUUUGCCUGGAAUGUGGGAAGAGCUUCACUCAGAAAGGAACACUUAAUUCUCAUAAAAAGAUCCACACUGGGGAGAGACCAUACAAAUGCAUGGAGUGUGGAAAAAGCUUUAACUGGAGUAAAGGUCUUGUUCGUCAUGAAAGGAUUCACACUGAGGAGAAACCAUAUAAAUGCAUGGAGUGUGGAAAGAGCUUCAUUCAGAAAGGAAAACUUAAUUCUCAUAAAAAGAUCCACACUGAGGAGAAACCAUAUAAAUGCAUGGAGUGUGGAAAGAGGUUCAUUGACAGCUGGCGCCUUACUUUCCACCAAAGGAUGCACACAGGGGAAAGACCACAUAAAUGCUUGGAGUGUGGAAAAAGCUUUAACUGGAGAAAUAAUCUUACUCGUCAUGAAAGGAUCCAUACUGGGGAGAGACCAUAUACAUGCUUGGAGUGUGGAAAGAGUUUUGCUCAAACAGUACAUCUUAAUACUCAUAAAAGGAUCCACACAGGGGAGAGACCAUAUAGAUGCUUAGAAUGUGGGAAAAGCUUUAGUUGUGGCAGCAAUUUAAUACAUCAUGAAAGGAUUCACACUGGGGAGAAACCAUACAAGUGCAUGGAGUGUGGAAAAAACUUUGCUCGAAAAGCACAUCUUAAUUCUCAUAAAAGGAUCCACACUGGGGAGAGACCAUAUAAAUGCACGGAGUGUGGAAAAAGCUUUGCUCAAACAGCACAUCUUAAUUCUCAUAAAAGGAUCCACACAGGGGAGAGACCAUAUAAAUGCUUGGCGUGUGGAAAGAGUUUUGCUCGGAAAGGAUGUCUUACUGGUCAUGAAACAAUACACACGGGGGAUAAACCAUUUAAAUGCACAGUGUGUGGAAAAAGCUUUGCUCGGACAGGACAUCUUUAUUCUCACAGAAGGACCCACUCAGUAGAGAAACCUUAUAAAUGCUUUGAGUGUGGAAAAAGCUUUAACUGGAACAGAGAUCUUACUCGUCAUGAAAGAAUCCACACUGGGGAGAGACCAUACAGGUGCAUGAAGUGUGGAAAGCAAUUCAGUCAGAAUAGUGCUCUUAUUAAUCAUGAAAGAAUCCAUACAGGGGAGAGACCAUAUAACUGCACAGAGUGUGGAAGAAGCUUUGCUCAAAUAGGGGCACUUAACUCCCAUAAAAUGAUCCACAUGGAGAUGGGACUAUAUAAAUACAUGUAGUGUGGAGAAAGCUUUAACAAUUACAAAACAUUUACUCGUGAAAGAAUCCACACAAAAAUUCCAUAUUAAUGGAGGGUGGAAAUAUUUUUACUGGGUAAGAACAGCUUACUCGUCAUGAAAGGGUCCGUGCUGGGAGGAAACCUUCCAAAUGGACAAAGUGGAAGGCCUCCAGUAGAAACUCUUAUCUAACUCACCAUUAGAGGAUCCACACAGGAGAGAAAUCAUGUAAAUGUAGGGUGUGUAGAAAAAGCUUUCCUUGGGAAGGACACCAUAAUUCUCAUAAAAGAAUGCCCAUAGAAGAAAUGAUAUAAAUCCACGGAAGGAGCUUCAGAACAACCUUUCUGGUCCCAAAUACUGGAAUUCAUUCAGAAUAGCCAGGUGUUCUUUUUCCUACUUUGACCUGCCUUUUUCUUCUCCCUGUAGAAAGAGGGAUGCAAAAUAGGAAUUAAGCCCUUUAGUUUCCUCCCUGUUGCCCAUCACCAUCUCACCAGCUUUUCCAACUGGAGGACUAAUAGCUUCCUUGACUUCCCUCUUAAUUGACUGGAAAAAAAACCUAUAAAACAGAAAUGGAAUAUUUAUCAUCAUUCUAGUCAUUGUCUGUCCACUGCAGGAUGAAGGUCUGUUCCGCAUGUUUCCAAACCAAUAAUGGUCUUGAGAUUUGCUUUGCUAUUUGGGUCUGUAAUAGUUGCUGAUGUUGUGACUAUGUCUUGUCUCUCUUUUGUGAACGCUUUUUACUACGUAGAAUCCAUUCUAUGACUGCCUUUGUCCACUAGUAGUUCUUGCAUUUCCACUUCUAUUCUUUUACUCUUUAGAAGGCGUCAUAAAUUUUCAUUUGUUCUCUAGUCAGUGUCUUUCUAUCUUGUCUUGUGAGACCGAGCAUGUAUCUGAAAUUGCAUACGUUUACCAAAUCUAGAAAGGAUUUCAAUCUGCCGAUGUUAAUUCCCACAAAAUAGUGUUCGUGUUUCUUCGCUUUCUUCUUUAGCUAAAGAAAUCUUGUCCUUUCGUUAUCUUCUGACCAAGAGAAGUUGAAGGAGUGAGAUGAGCCCCAGAAAGACCACCUCCUUUUGAGCAGUUGCCAACACAAUUAUUCUUCACCAACAGAGUUUGGGGUAGAAACUUUAUAUUCUUGGAACCUUAUUAAUAAACUCUUAUGGCAUGUGA